AUGACUUUGGAAACCGUAUAUGCGAUUUAUCCAUUUGAAGCUGAACAUGAUGAUGAGGUUCCUUUUCAAAUGGGGGAACCGAUAACAGUAUUAGAAAAAGAUGAUUUGUAUCGGGAUGGCUGGUGGAGGGGAAAAAAUAUUUGUGGGCAAAUUGGACUUUUCCCAAAGAAUUAUACAACAUACGAGAAACCAAAUCCAAAAAAUGCAUCAUCGUCUCCUGUAAGUAGUAAUAGCAUUAAAACAAGUUCGCGACAAUUGUCGCCAACAUCAGCUUUUAAUAUGCGUGGAUCAGAUUUGGAUUUGCCUUCGGCACCUUUUAGGAGGCCAAGCCCAUCUAUUGAUGAUACAAUAGUUGAUAUACAAAAUAAAUUACAUAGAAUGGGAGUUAGAUCUGAAGAAGAAGAAAUAUAUCAGUAUAAGCUAAAUCAACAAAAUCUUCUAUGGUCACCAAAAAACGGACAUUCUAAUAAAUAUCCCAUGACAUCAUCAUCGGAAUCUAGCACCUCGAGUAGUCGGAUUUCAUCAUUAGAGAGACAACAUAGUUCUCAGUCGCGAUCUGUAGGUAACACGAAGAAAGUUGAAAGAUCUUCUUCUGAAAGACCAUUAAAUGGGCAUCCAAUGUCCUGGGAUGUGGAUCAAGUAUGCAUGUGGUUAUCAGAGAAGGGAUUCGAUUCGGAAAUUCAUCAUUUUAUAGAGAAUGACAUCACAGGUGAUGUACUUCUUGGGUUAAGCUUAUCAACAUUAAAAGAGUUGGAUAUAAACUCAUUCGGUAAACGCGUUCGUAUAAUGAAUGUUAUUACCGAACUUAAAUCCCAUUAUAGCGAAAACGAUGAUGUAUCAGACUUUGAAGAAUUUAAUCAACAAUCCACAACUUUUUAUCCUGACUCGCUUCCGUUAUCCCCGCAGAAUGGUGUAUAUUCUAAUCAAGCCGUGAAUUCAAGUGGAAGUUUAUUUAACCAUUAUAGUACAAUUCCAAACUCUUUGUCGCACGUUGAGGAGUUGGUUGCUUUUCCUAAGCAUUUGAUAGAUGCCCAAAGAAAUUCUACUGUUACAAAAAAUGUUCCACCCACAUAUUAUACGUAUUCACGGCGAGUUGGUGAUGCGGAAGGUUCAAACAUCGAGACGGUUAUAAAAUCACCAAAUAAGAAAAGCGGUAAAUUUUUGGCAAAGUUGAGUUUUUCGAAAACUAAGGAUAGGAAUAGUAUAAAUAAUACGGGUAAAAAAGAGAAAGCACGAACUAACUCUGGAGGAGGUUGGGAUUUCAAUAGGAGUGAAGAAGAAUAUGUUAUGAAAGACAAAAUAAUGAAAAAUAAAUCAGCCGGAGAAGAGUCUGCGUCAUCACAAGAGAUGGAGAAGAAUCGAUUGAAGUUCGUGUCCAAUAAAAAAAAUAGAUCUGUUUUGGAUCGAAGUAGCUUGGUCGGAAAUCAAUUGGGUCUCCCUAAACGACCAAUAGAGAUGCAAAAUCAACUAAUUAAUUCUAAUUCAACAUUAAACGAUCGUAAAAAUAAUAUUUAUUCAUUGGAGAACAUUGGUAAUAAUAUAAAUUUGAGCGACGAAGCGUUUAAUUCAAUUGGAGAGGCAGAUCAUGAAGGAUAUUUGAAAAAACAAGGAGAAAAAUAUAAGACAUGGAAUUCACGUUAUUGCAUAUUAAAAGGGAUUAAUCUUUAUUACUUUAAGAAUGAUAAGGAACUUGAUCUAUCGAAGGCGAAGGGAUACAUAAAUCUAACCGGAUAUCGUAUCAUCUCGGAUGAGAAUAUAUUACAUGGAAAAUAUGGAUUCAAAUUGAUUCAUGAUACAGAGAAAUCGCAUUAUUUCGCACAUGAAGACAUGAAGACAUUGAAAGGUUGGAUUAAAGCAAUGAUGAAAUCCACAAUCGCAAGAGACAGCAAAGCACCAGUUAUUAGUUCAAGUAAUAUAGCAACGAUUCCGCUUUCAGAAGCACGCAAAAUGACACCACGCCCACCAGAAACGAGAAGACCUCCUGUUGGAUCUGCUUCGAUAAAUAAAGUUUCGUCACCCAUACUUCGGCCAACUUCACCUAUUUCACAAAGAUCAGGAUCACCGAUACAAGCAAGACCUUUAACGCCUACAUUGCAAACAUUUCAAAAUUCUUCACCAUUAAUGAGACCAUUUAAUAAUAGGUCAACGGUUGAAUUCUUUUAA